AGACGUUUGGGGAUUCCGAAAGAGCGUUUCGUUUUUUCGCGAGCGAGGUUUUUGGUUCACGUACGUUGAACUACUGCAAUGGCCUGAGGAAAAAACACGCAGUACAUAUGAACUGAGUUGUUUUCUGAAACGCUCCGUACGGUGCUGUAUGAUUGGACCCUCAUUUUUGUUGUUUCGUCGUUGUUUCGUCGUUGUUUCGUUAUACAGUACCGUACUUAUGAAGUGUUCCAGCAAAAAAUAGCGCUGAAGAAUUUCUGACUUGAGGUGAGUGCAACGACACAGUACAACAAAGACACUGUAACUAGCGACAAAGCACUAGAGGGGUACAAGACACUUCGCAAUCCAUCAAAAUAUCAUCUGAAGGGAAUAUUGUCGCUGCACCUCCUACUUGUUGCCUUGCAUUUUAAAGUGGUGUUGGCAACGAGUUACAUUACGAAGUGUAGUACAUUCGAAGCGUAAGGUACACGUGCCGUCCAUCUGGCCGUGAAUUUUUAAAUUUUAACCCGCAACUUUCAACAAGACGGUACGUAACYUGCGGGSACUUGAUGCYGGUACAUCGUCAUCAUGCCGAAAGCCGAAGUGGCAUUUCACUCUAGUUUUUGUUUCGAUCUGUUUCGAUUCCACCGAAUGGCGCAUCAGGGAAUGGCGCAUCAGGGAAUCUCAAUGAAUCUAGCUGUUGUUCUAACGAAAGAUCUCUCUUCUGUUCACCUAAGAUACGCAGCUGCAACCUAUCGCACAGCACUAUUGCAUCCCUAGAAAUCCCCAAAAAAAUACAAUGGCAUCCGAUAAUGAACACUCAUCAGAUGCCUCGGCAUCUUCGGAAGAUCUAGCGGAUCACCGCCGAGGAGCGAAAGCAAAAACAGAGGUGAAGGACACGGACAAAGAUCUUUCUGACAAUGAUGAUAWYRACGACGCCGACUCUUCUUCGAAGGUAGCAUCAGCAGGGCUGACCGAAACCACGAAAAAGGGUCCUUCCAGUGAAAUCGCCGCCGUUAUUCUUGGUGUCUCCACCAACGCAAAGCCUACGGAAGAAAAAACCUCGUCUGACAACGAAGGCGUGAAAGCCAAAGACGCGACCAAACACAAGAUUCCACACGACGACGGAGAGUCAACAGCUACAGAGGACGAAUAUAGUCUGGAGGAAAAUUCGAGAGACGAAGAAAACUUAAACGCAGCUAGACCUGCCGGCAAGGAAUUGAGUCUCAAUGAGARGACCAUUGCAGAGGAUUUAGUUGGCUUUGUUGCCAAAUUCAAGGAUCUUCCUGCGUCGGAAGCAAAAGAAGGGCAGUCGACGGAAACCGAGCAGCCCUUUUCUUCGGAUACCAAUGCCGAUCCUGCCGAGUCUUCCCAAAAGUCAACGAAUCCUCGAAAUAGCAGCGUYGGAAAAGAUUCAUUCAAGAUGGAAUUGAAUUUCCAACACCAAAAUUUAGCACAAAAGGAUCAGUUGCGGUCCGACCACCUGAGGUCGACCCAUUUUCCUUCCCGUCUCCACAACAUGUUGGAUGAUGCCGAACGAAUGGGCCAUGCCGACAUUGUUUCGUGGUACAAGGGAGGCGAUUGCUUUAAGAUCCACAAACCGACACAGUUGAUUCAUGUGUUAAAAAAUUAUUUCCGUCAGAGCAAGUUCAAAUCUUUUCUUCGUCAACUCCAAGGGUACGAUUUCAAGCGAAUUACAAGGGGGGUCGAUCGGGGUGUUGUUUCUCACCCGUUGUUCGUCAAAGGACGGCGUUCCYUWUGCACGUACAUGAAAAGGAAGCGUGUARCAAAGAUGACUGUAACACAGAUGACAAAAGACAACAAUUCUCGUCGAACAAGCACAUCCCAGAUCACGCAAUCUGUUGAUUCCUCGAAACCAAUGGUGUUCGGUUUGCUCAAUCGGACGGCUAUCAAUCCCGUUGCGCAGGACGUGUUGUGCGUCCCGGUUCCAAAUGUGCACCUGUUCCAGGGAAACAAAAAGCUUGCAUCGAUCGUCAAGAAAAUUACUGUUCAUUACAAAACUGCAGACGCGUCGGUGAAGAGAAUGAUUGUCAACGAAAUUACGACUCGGCUUCAAAAGGGCGGCUCUCGUUUUCUUAAGCUGAGCAACGAUGGAUUGUUUUGGACGGAAUGCAACCCAGAGGAAAUAAUCAAAAAAGGUGCGUCCAUUGUUUCUCGUAUUUUUCGUCUUUUUGGGAUCCAGUCGAAAUAUAYGACGGCCUGCUGCAAUUCUCGAAAUUGUCYACAAUGUGUUAACUCUUCGAUUGUUUUGCAUGCUUUGRCUCCACGCAGUUACAAGUUGUUUCGAAACUGAGAUUCGRACGUCUGUUCAUGAACAUCCGGGGACAAUAGAUCUUACUUCUGAUGGUGAUAAUGUUGAAAAUUCCACGAGAAGCGAUGACGAACUGCGGAAAAGUAUGUCUGGAGCAGCACCAAGUGUUGGUGCAAGAUUGGGUUCUACAAGUAAGCAAGAGCCACCUAGAGACCAAGAUGUAGUGUUAAGAGGAGGGCAAUCGAGUGAGAAAGAAGGCAACACGUAUCUGAUUACUAUGAUUCAAGCCAACGUUGGGCAGCAGGUAGAUUCARAUGAAAUGAAACGCAUCAAAUGCAGAGCAAUCCUCGAUAGAAUGAAACGCCGAGGAUCUAGGUUUUUCCUCAAGUUGAAAGAUACUGGAGCCGAUGACGACAUGUAUCAACUGUCAGAUACAGAAGCACAAGAAGUCAUUAUGACUGCUUUUUCUGUGGAGCAGAAGAAGAUAGCGGCCACCAAUGGUGCUCGUUCAGCUUCAUCGGCUUUGCAAGGACUUGGUGAGGGGCAUUCCGGCCUAGGUGAUAAAUCCACAUUUGGAGCUAUCUCGGCGCAUCAGAACGAAGCAAGUGCCGUGCUGAAUCGAUUGAGAGCAAACAACGAGCAGAUGAAUCUUAUGUCGUCACAAGCGUCGCUCAAAAGACCUAUGGAAGCCCAYGCUACACUAAAAAUGAUGGAAAAACGGGCUAMAGUAGAGGCGGACGAACGCAUAAAGCUCUUCAUGGAAAGGGCUCGACAGCAACAGCAAAMUGCAGCCUUGACAGCCAGUGGGUUUAUGAACAAUCUUCCUUUGAAUUCUGGGAAUAACUUACUUGCUUCGUCAAUGUCGAAUUCUUUGUACGGCGCCAAUCAAAUGGAGCAACUCUUGAAAGAACGACAGGCCAAAGAAAUGUUUUUGAAGACUGUUGCCGCACGAAACCAAUUCGCAGCUGGUCAAAUGGGACAGCUGGCCGCUCUCGGGGAGGGAGGGAUGCCGAACGGCAACAGCCACUUUGUUGAUUUAUUGAAGAAGUACAGUGGGCAAGAUACACCUUGGUAAACAAUGGGUAAUGGGUGUUGAAUAUAUAAYGGAGCCGUGG